AGGAGGGCCCGAGGCUUACGGGCUCUUCUCCGACUUUGCCCUGCCAUGCUCAUCGUACAGACAGUUCCCGCACGACAGAGAAUUUUAUAGGCCAGCGCUUGCGCAAUUCUGGACUUGGAACGCUGCUCAAGACAAUCAUCGGACAUGGCAACCAUCGACCAUCUGUUACAAGACAUGCCGUUCAUGAUACAAUGAGUUUAUUGCAGCGGGCAUCCGUGAACCUGGGUGCCAGACCGCUAUGGACACGAGCAAGGGUUCCCCGAAAGCGGUACGGUCAACGCCCGCAUCAGAGCCAGUACAGAAACACCACAUCGAAAUCAGAACCUCCUCCCCAAAAGCCACAUGAUGCACCUGGACCAGGGAACAAGUCCUCUCGAAAUGCCACACAGAAAGAAUCCAAUGGCACAGAACCUUCAAAGGCAGAGCCGGUCGACAUUCCGAUCCAAUUAUGGUACCAUCGUUUAGGACCGGUAUCUACGUUCUUCAACUGGUUCCAUAAGACGCAGCUGAAGAGACCCUACACAGUGCAGCUAUGCACAACGUUGACUACAUAUUUUGCUGGAGAUCUCCUGGCGCAGGACCUGGGCGGAGAACGCUACGAUGGUAGUCGAACGUUGAGAAUGCUAUUUAUUGGGGCUGUAGCAGCAAUCCCUGGAUACAAAUGGUUCCUCUUCCUCGGCCGUAAUUUCAACUAUGCCUCCAAAGCCCUCUCGAUCGCAGUCAAGGUCGCCGUGAACCAAGCCGUCUUUACUCCUGUAUUCAACUCAUACUUCUUCGGUAUGCAAGCAGUCCUUACAGGCGAAGGGCCCCAUGGAGUCAUUACGCGGAUCAAAGGCACAGUGCCCACCAGCAUGGUCAACUCCCUCAAACUGUGGCCCGCAGUCACCGCGUUUAGCUUCUGGUUCAUCCAGCCCCAAUACAGAUUCAUGUUCUCUGGCAUCUUUGCUGUGGCGUGGCAAGGUUACUUGAGUUUUUUGAAUAGAAAAGAGGAGAAGAUCGAAGAGAAGAUUGACUCACUCAGUCACCCAGUCAUACCUGAAGGUGUCAUUGUGAAAUGAGUGGAUGGAUUGACUACACUAUAUUCUGUUGCAUGCCCCUGAGGGCCCAGCUUCAACUUGGGACUUUGGACAAAAAGUUAUUGCAUCAGAGUGGUGUCAUCAGCAUGUUGAUCAUGCUUUGAGCAUCUUGGUUUGCAUUCGCGGCUGGUUCUACUGCAUGGCUAGAAUCUCGGGGUGGGUUUUGCUAAUCAAUAGACUGGGCUUCAUGUAUCCAUGGUGCAUGCUAUGGGACGCCCCCUCAAAAGAAGCAGGUACAUAGACGACUUUCAUCGAGUCAAUUAUCUAGACUUAAACAAUUUCAUAUUUGUAAAAUCG